GUCCACGGACACACCAUGAUCAGAACUCUGUUGCUGUCUGUGUUGGCCGGAGCUCUCAUCUGCGGGAUCCCCGCUUUGGAUCCUGAUGCGAGCAGGGUGGUAGGAGGUGAAAAUGCCACACCCAACAGCUGGCCCUGGCAGGUCUCCUUGCAAUCUAAGUCCCUCGGAAUAUGGUCCCACAUCUGUGGAGGCUCCCUCGUGGCCAAAAACUGGGUUGUGACAGCUGCCCACUGCAUCAGCAGUUCCAAGACCUACCGCGUGGUACUGGGACGUCACAGACUCUCCACCGAAGAGUCCGGCUCAGUGACUAUCCAGGUCUCCAAAUCUGUGGUACAUGAGAAAUGGAACUCUAACCAGCUCUCCAACGGGAACGACAUUGCCCUGCUCAAACUGGCCAGCUCGGUGACCCUGUCCAGCAAGAUCCAGACAGCUUCCCUCCCACCUGCCGGCACUAUUCUACCCAACAACUACCCCUGCUAUGUUACAGGCUGGGGCCGACUGCAGACCAAUGGGGCCAGUCCUGACAUUCUGCAGCAGGGCAAGCUGCUGGUUGUGGACUUUGCCACGUGCUCCAGCCCCAGCUGGUGGGGCACCUCCGUAAAGAACAACAUGGUCUGCGCGGGCGGUGACGGAGUGACCUCCAGCUGCAAUGGAGACUCUGGUGGGCCACUGAACUGCCAGUCAUCUAGUGGCCAGUGGCAGGUGCAUGGCAUCGUCAGCUUUGGCUCCAGUCUCGGCUGCAACUACCCCCGAAAGCCUUCCGUCUUCACCCGGGUCUCUAACUACAUUGACUGGAUCAACAAGUGUCAGAGAUUCAAUGCAGAACACUGAAUCAGUAAAGAGGGCAGCCUUCUACAACCUGAGAGCACAGCCUUCUACAACCCGAGAGCACAGCCUCUACAACCCGAGAGCACAGCCUUCUACAACCCGAGAGCACAGCCUUCUCCUCCAUGUUGUCGAUAUUCUGAGGAAACUGUCCUGGCAGCAGCAGGCAGGAGCUGCUAGGUGACCCUGGCCUGAGGCGGGGAGGGGGAAGUGUGGCUUUCCAGCUAUUAAAAUGAACCAGGCAUUGUACACACACUAAAUGCACUCUGUAUUAUGA